CAGCGGGCACCGAGUCGUCUGGCAGAACAGCGGGCACCGAGUCAACAGGCACGACAGUGGGCACCGGGUCAUCAGGUAUGACAGCGGGCACUGGGUCACCAGGCAUCAGGUCAUUUGGCUUGCCAGCGGGCACCGCGUCAUCUGGCAAGGCAGUGGGCACCGGGUCACCAGGUAUGACAGCGGGCUCUGAGUCAAUUGGCACGACAGCGGGCACUGGAUCAGGUACCGGAUCAUCUGGAUCAAGAGCGGGCAUCGAGUCAACUGGCCUAAUAGGAUCGUCGGGCUGGAUCAGUUCAUCAUGCUGAGUAGCGGCAUCAGGCUGAGGAGAGGCAUCCGGCUGAGGAGAGGCAUCCGGCUGAGGAGAGGCAUCCGGCUGAGGAGAGGCAUCCGGCUGAGGAGAGGCAUCCGGCUGAGGAGAGGCAUCCGGCUGAGGAGAGGCAUCCGGCUGAGGAGAGGCAUCCGGCUGAGGAGAGGCAUCCGGCUGAGGAGAGGCCUCAGGCUGAGGAGAGGCCUCAGGCUGAGGAGAGGCCUCAGGCUGAGGAGAGGCAUC